UGUUUAUUGUCAUAUAAACGUUACAAAGCUACAUAUAUCAUAGACUACUUUUAUGUCGAUUUUAACUAAUUUUUUAUACUAUUCUGUUGAUACUGGUUGAAAAAAAAGUAUUUUGUGAACAGAUGACUUUUGGAAAAGAUUUUGCUCUAUAUUGGAAUACCUGCAUCGGUAGCAAUGGGAACCAUUGCUUCAGAAAUAUGACAGAGAAUAGUAGUAAUAGAAAACGUUCCCGGGAAGAUGAUGCUUGCGAGUUUAUGCCAUUAUCGAAGAGGAUUAAUAAUUUACAUAUAAAUAACAACCUUGCAAAUACACCUGUGUCACAAAACCAAGAUUCUAUUAGAAUUAAUGGUGUUAAUACUGAAAAUGGUGUCGUUUCAUCUCAUACCUCAACCUCAGACUGUGAAAGAAGACCAACUUACGAUCCAGGAGUUAGUUCAACUGACAGCAACUAUUAUUAUGAAAAUAAGUUAUUAUUCGAAUUGCAUUUGGAGAGAAUACAAAGAUCUGGACAGCAGUUUCCCUUUUGAAUAACAUAGAUUAGGUAGUUAUUAAGUAUUAUGUACCUUUUACUUGCAUGACUAUUUUUUGUGUAUUCUAGUAUUUAUAAUAUGAAUAAAAGUUGAUUAAUUAAA